AUGCCUCAAGGGCAGAAGUGUAAGGCCUGCGCCCAUGAGAAACGCUGCCAGACCCAACAAGAGCCCAAGGAUCUUGUAGGUGCUCGGGACACAACAGGAUCGAAUGAAGGUACCAACUACCAGACGGAAGAAAGUCCAAGAUCCCCCCAGGCCUGGCCCGCCAUGGACCCCUUCCACAGAGGCCAUCUAAAUGAGAAGGUGCUUCGCUUAGUGUAUUAUCUGCUGUACAAGUAUCAAAUCAAAGAGCCUGUGACCAAGGGAGAAAUGGUGAGAAAUGUAAUCCAAAUGUACAGAAAUCAUUUCCUUGAGAUCCUCAAGAGAGCCUCUGAUCACCUGGAUAUGGUCUUUGGCCUCGACAUGAAAGAAAUGGAUCCCUACCGGCAUGUAUAUAUCCUUGUCAACAACGAGCCAGGCCGCGAUACAGUGCUGAGUAAUGACAGAGGUGUGCCCAAGACCGGCCUGCUGAUGACUAUCCUGGGUGUGAUCUACAUGAAUUGCUAUCGCGCCACUGAGGCGCAUGUCUGGAAAACAUUGAAUGUGAUGGGGCUCUAUCGGGGGAGGAAGCACUUCCUGUCUGGGGAGCCCAAGAAGCUCAUCACAGAAGACUUGGUGGAAGAAAAUUACCUGGUGUACCACCAAGUGCCCGGCAGUGAUCCUCCACGCCAUGAGUUCCUGUGGGGCCCCAGAGUCUACAAUGAAACUACCAAGAUGAAAGUCCUGGAGUUUUUGGCCAAAGUCCAUGAUACCAUCCCCACUACCUUACCAUUCCUUUAUGAAGAGGCUUUGAAAGAUGAGGAAGACAGAGCCCAGGCCCGAGCUUCAGCCAGGGCUCAUAAUGCUGCCAUGGCCAGGGACAUUUAUUGCUGUGAGAUUUAA